AUGCAUCACUUCUUCAAGGGUCAGUUCUUCGAUUUUGAAGUCUGCCGCAUCCUCGGCACCGCGGUCUACGGCGGCGCCGACGUGGCCGAGGUGCUCGAGGCCGUCGGCCAGAUCAAGGACGGCAACCCGGACAGCUGGAACCGGGCCUGGAAGACGCAGGCCGAGCGCGCCCUCGCCCUCGCCGACGAGGCCUUCAAGAGCGGUGACCGCGUCGCGGCGCGCAACGCCUACCUGCGCGGCUCCAAUUACACCCGCGCCAGCGGCUACAUGCUCACUGGCGACGGCCCCAACCGCCCCAGUGCGAGACAGCGGGCCGUCGUCGAGGAGGUCCAGGCUCACUUCCGGAAGGCCGCCGCUCUCAUGGAUGGUCCCGUGCUCUUCCUCGACAUCCCCUAUCAGGACGGCACCUGCAAGUCGCUCCCGGCCCAUCUCUACCUCCCGCCCCCGGACCGCCGGCUGCCCGGCAAGAUCCCCAUCCUCAUCAGCGGCGGGGGCGCCGACGCCUUGCAGGAGGAGCUCUUCUACAUGCACCCGUCCGCCGGCCCGGACCUGGGCUACGCGGUCCUGACCUUCGAGGGCCCCGGCCAGGGCAUCACGCUCCGGCGGCACGACACCAAGAUGCGGCCCGACUGGGAGGUCGUCGUGGGCGCCGUCAUCGACUUCAUCGAGGACCUCGCCGACUCCCGUCCCGAGCUGGACCUAGACACCUCGCGCAUCGCCUACGCCGGCGCCUCCCUCGGCGGCUACUUCGCCCUCCGCGCCGCCGCCGACCCGCGCGUCAAGGCCUGCGUCGCCCUCGACCCGCUCUACUCCUUCUGGGACUUCGCCACGGCCCACGUCUCGCCCGCCUUCAUCGGCGCCUGGGAGGCCGGCUGGCUGUCGGACGGCGUGGUCGACGCCUGCGUGGGCGUCAUGCUCGCGCUGUCGUUCCAGAUGCGCUGGGAGAUCAGCGUGGCCGGCACCUUCUUCGGCCACGCGUCGCCCGCGCGCAUCAUGAAGGAGAUGAAGCACUACUCCCUCGGCGGCGGCUACCUCGAGCGCGUCCGCUGCCCCGUGCUGGUCUCGGGCGCCGCCCAGUCGCUGUACCUCGAGGCGAGCCACCACACGAUGCGCGUGUACAACGAGCUGACGGGCCUGGCCGAGGCGGACAAGGAGCUGUGGAUGACGGCCACGCCGGGCCAGGGCUCGCUGCAGGCCAAGAUGGGCGCCCUGCGCCUGGCAAACCAGAAGACGUUUAGGUUCCUCGACGAGAAGUUGAAGAUCGAGCGUCCACGGCUAUGA